CUCCCACGCCCCAGCGCGCCGAGUCGGGAUAGUGGCAGUAUAAAGUAUAUCUUCCAUCCGAGACAGAUAAGAAGCGCCAGGCUCGAGGGGAUGAAGAUGGCGGACGCCAAGCAGAAGCGGAACGAGCAGUUAAAGCGCUGGAUAGGCUCGGAGACGGACCUCGAGCCGCCCGUCCUGAAGAAGAAGAAGACGAAGGUGAAGUUCGACGAUGGCGCCGUGUUUCUGGCCGCCUGCUCGAGCGGAGACACUGAGGAGGUGCUGCGAAUGCUCGAUCGCGGCGCCGACAUCAACUACGCCAAUGUGGACGGACUCACCGCUCUGCACCAGGCCUGCAUAGAUGAUAAUGUGGACAUGGUGACCUUCUUGGUGGAGCAUGGAGCCUGCAUUAACCAGCCUGAUAAUGAGGGCUGGAUCCCCCUUCACGCUGCUGCCUCCUGUGGAUACCUCGACAUCGCUGAGUAUCUUAUCACUCAAGGUGCGAGUGUCGGUGUAGUAAACAGCGAAGGGGAAACGCCAUUGGAUAUUGCAGAGGAGGAGGCCAUGGAGGAGCUUCUGCAAAACGAGAUCAACCGGCAAGGCGUGGAUAUCGAAGCAGCCAGGAAGGAGGAGGAGCGGAUCAUGCUAAGGGAUGCACGGCAGUGGCUUAACAGUGGCCAGAUCAACGAUGUCCGGCACACCAAGUCUGGGGGCACCGCACUUCAUGUUGCUGCGGCCAAGGGAUACGCUGAGGUUUUAAAGCUUUUAAUCCAAGCAGGGUAUGAUGUAAAUAUUAAAGACUACGAUGGCUGGACUCCGCUCCAUGCUGCUGCACACUGGGGCAAAGAAGAGGCCUGCCGGAUACUAGUAGAGCAUUUGUGUGAUAUGGACGUCGUCAAUAAAGUGGGUCAGACGGCAUUUGACGUAGCUGAUGAAGAUGUUUUGGGAUAUUUAGAAGAGCUGCAAAAGAAACAGAAUCUGCUUCUUAGCGAAAAGAAGGAUGUUAAGAAGUCUCCUUUAAUAGAAACUACGACUACUGGGGACAAUAAUCAAUCUGUUAAACCACUGAAGAGCAAAGAAACACUUCUACUGGAGCCUGAGAAGACUGCGCCACGAAUCGAGACUCUGGAGCCAGAGAAGGUAGAUGAAGAGGAGGGAGAGGGCAAGAAGGACGAGUCUAGCUGCUCUAGUGAGGAAGAGGAGGAAGAAGACUCAGAAUCUGAGAACGAAGCAGAUAAGACCAAGUCUUCUGCUCCGUCAAGCGUUUCCAACAAUACACCCACAACUGCACCUUCUAGCAUCACCGUUACAUCACCUACUACCCCAAGCAACCAGGUGACCACCCCAACCUCACCUACUAAAAAGGUGAGCACACCUGCAGGGAAGCUGUCUCCUAAAGAGGAGGAGAGGAAGGAUGAGUCUCCUGCAUCUUGGCGUUUGGGUCUGCGCAAAACCGGCAGUUACGGAGCUCUGGCAGAAAUCAGCACAACCAAAGAGGCACAGAAGGAGAAAGACACGGCCGGGGUGAUGCGCUCUGCCUCUUCCCCUCGCCUCUCAUCCUCAGUGGACAACAAGGACAAAGAAAAGGAGAAGGAGAAAACACGCCUGGCGUAUGUUGCACCAACCAUCCCGAGGAGACACGUUAGCACCUCAGACAUCGAUGAGAAGGAAAACAGGGAUUCGGCUGCUAGUCUGGUACGUAGCGGCUCGUACACAAGGAGACGCUGGGAAGAAGACCUGAAGAACAGCGAUGGAACGGCCUCAACAAACAGAACCUCCAGCUAUCAGCGCAGUACGUCACACACGCUAGCGUUAGGCCGCACGUCUAGCUCUCGCGACCUGCCCGCCAAAUCCUCCUCUGCCUCCAGCCUGGAGCCUAACAACUCUAAAGCCUGGCAGCCUUCCUCCUACUACCAGUCUUACAGCAUUCACCGCAGUGGCUCAUUUGGAAGAAGACAUGAAGAUCCUUUGAGCUCUACUUCCUCGUCCACGACAACGACCACCACCACCUCCUCUGUUACCUCACCCACAGGACACCGCAGCCUGCUGUCCCGGUAUUGGGCAGAGGAAAGCGCAGAGAAGGAAAAGGAGAAGGAGAAAGAGUCGGCCACCGUUAUCCCUACAAUCAACACUGCAGGCACCACCACUACCACAUCCACCACUGGAACUAUCCUAGGCUCUGACGGACGAGAGAGACGCAGAUCGUACCUCACUCCAGUGCGAGAUGAAGAGUCUGAGUCUCAGAGGAAAGCCAGAUCCAGACAGGCACGACAGUCCAGGAGAUCCACACAGGGUGUGACAUUGACAGACCUCCAGGAGGCAGAGAAGACCAUCGGUCGCAGUCGCCCAACACGGCCUCGAGAAGACGAAAAAGAGGAGAAGGAGAAACAGGACAAGGAGAAACAGGAGGAGAAGAAAGAGACCGAGACCAAGGAGGAUGACUACAGGACACGCUAUCGUAGCUUUGAAGAGAAGUAUCGCACCUCGUUGGCCUCCAGCACCACAGCGUCCUCCACCAUCCCUUCCUCCUCGUCCAGCAGCUCGUCUUCUCUGUAUAGCACCUCGUCUCUGAACCGACCCAACAGCCUGACGGGGCUCACUUCAACAUACAGCCGAUCUACACGCGACACCGACAGAGAAUCUGAUCGAAAAGAGAAAGAUGAGGAUAGAGACGGUGAUGAUAAGUCUCAGCCACGCUCUAUACGUGACCGCAGACGACCUCGAGAGAAAAGACGAUCCACUGGAGUGUCCUUCUGGACCCAGGAUAGUGACGAAAACGAACCAGAUCAUCCCUCAGAUUCAGAAGGCAGCACUAAAGGAGAACCUCAGAGCGACAGACUAUCUAGGAAUGACCCUCUUUCUACUAGCACUUCAUCCAGUGACCGUUAUGAGUCUUUGAGUAGCCGUGGCAUUGGGGAUAGCCGACGGCCGUACUCUCGUUUCGAUAAAGACGAUUCCUCUGAUUAUAAGAAGCUUUAUGAGCAGAUUUUAGCUGAAAACGAGAAGCUGAAAGCUCAGUUACGCGAUACAGAAUUGGAGCUGUCAGACCUAAAGCUACAGCUGGAGAAGGCCACACAGAGACAGGAGCGCUUUGCCGAUCGAUCACAGCUGGAGAUGGAGAAAAGGGAAAGAAGAGCUCUAGAAAGGAAGAUCUCUGAGAUGGAGGAGGAACUGAAGAUGCUACCAGACUUGAAAGCCGACAACCAGAGACUAAAGGACGAAAACGGAGCGCUGAUCCGAGUAAUAAGCAAGCUUUCCAAAUAGAGCCGACCCUCCGGCAGUAACGGUAUUGCACAUCUAGAUAUUAACACGAGACAAUGGCGACAAAGAAGGCUCCGUCUCCCCCCAUUGCGUUUCCCAGCUUUCCCCUCGCUUCUCACAACACAGAACCACUGCGUUUACGGAACUAAGGAAAAAAAACGUUAGACGAACGAACGGCAUCCAACACUUCAUGGGCGGGGAAAAAGCCUCGAAAAACUAUUUAACCAAUAAGCCUUAGUUGUACAUAUGUCACUCGCAUCGGAAAAAAAAAUUGGCUGUCACAGAACACCAGAUUUUAUUUGUGCCACACUUUUUUUUUUCUUUUUUUUUCUUUUUGUUUCUUUUUUUUCUUGUAUAGAUGUGUUUAUGUGCAGCUCUCUUUCCCUCGAUUUCCUCUUCCUCUCCUCCAAAAAAAGUCGCCAGAUGUCCUGCCUUUUCAUCAAGGCUCUGUCUUUCAGCAGAAGACAUGGCGUUUGCUUCGCACACUUUUUUCAUGUCCCGAAAGAGACAACGGACCUCGCUUUCACUUAUGUGCAAUAUACGCAUUUCUUUCGUACGCGAAUGCUUUAAGAAAGAGUCCGUCACUAGUAAACGUUCACUUGCUCUUCACCUCACCCCCGUUUUUUUUUUUUCUUCUUCUCCUUCUCCUCCUCUCUCUCUCUCGUUUCUCUUUGAGUUUGUAGUGUAGUCGUUGGUUUAUAUCUUGUACUCCUCACGUUGUUUUAGCAGGUACUGAGUGAAGUUGUUGUAUAUACCUGUAUAUGUAUUGUUUGAGACCAGCACAUGGCAUGCGUUUAUGGUUCCCCCUGUCUGUUACUAUUGAAAUAUACCAACUCCAGAGGACAAAAGUGUGUUUUAACUACUUCCUUCCUUCUUUUAUAAGUCGCAAGAAAAGUAAACAAUAGAGGCGCCCUCUUCCUUCAGGAGGAACUUUUUUUUUUUUUUCUGUUUCUUCUACUCCAGUUUUAAAAAGUGUUCACCGUAAUUGUGAGAUGAUAAUAUAAACGCUUCACUACAUUUCACACAUUUUUAUUCAGUAUCUUUUUUUUUUUUUUUUUGGAAAAGUGCUGUUCAGUUUUUUUGCUUUUUAUUUUCUUUUGUUUUUUUUAAAGCUGUAGUAUUAGCCGAGGUGUUUGUCACUAAAAAAGAUGCUAGUUAUCGCUAACCCAAUGUCUACAUGCACUGUCAGGAGUCUUAGCGAACGUUUGCCAUCGCGUCAGAUGAAGUCCAUGCAUCGGAAAAACUCGUUUUAUGCAUUUCAGUGGCCUUUUACUUAAAAUAUACUGUAGGUGGGAAACAAUGUCGCUGUAGUUGGACUGUCAGCUGUCUCCUCUUUGGUUUAGGUUUUUAAUAUUUUGUUUUUGUUUUGUCCCCCCCCCCCCCCCCCUAUUUUAAAUUUCCCAUCAUCUUGUAAAAUAGAUGUGUGGCUUCAUCCGUGCAAGCUGUGCUGUGACUACCAACCACUGAGAGUUAAUUAAAAUAAACUUGUACAUUGUAAAAAUC